AUGCGUUUCUCCCUGUCGCUCGCGGCCGCCGGGCUCGCGAGUGUCGCCCAGGCGCAAUUCCUCGUGAGCGACCUGAGCUUUGGACACACCGGCAGACUCGAGGUCGGGCGAGCCAUACCGAACUUCGCCAUUGCAGGCACACCAGAAACCCCCCAGGUCCUGUCAAACAAGGUCAUCCUGACCCCACCAGCUCCAGGCAAGGCGCGAGGAUCGAUCUGGGCCAACAACCCCAACAAGUAUGCCACAUGGGUGGCCGAUGUCGACUUCAGAGUUGGAGGCCCUGAGCGGGGCGGCGGCAACCUGAACAUCUGGCUUGCUCGCAGCGGCAGCCAAGAAAUCGGGCAGUCGAGCAUAUACACCAUCAACAAGUUUGAUGGUCUGGCUCUUGUUCUGGACCAGCACAGCGGCUCGGGUGGUAUGAUUCGGGGCUUCCUCAACGACGGCACUAUCGACUUCAACACCCAGCCAAACAUUGACAGCCUCGCCUUCGGUCACUGCAACUACGCUUACCGCAACCUGGGUCGCCCGUCUCAGAUAAAGUUCCGCCAGACUCCCGACAACUUCAGGGUCGAGAUCGACGGUCGUCUGUGCUUCGAGAGCAACAAGAUUAGCAUCCCCCCGGGGUACAGCUUCGGUAUUACCGCUGCGUCGGCGGACCUCCCAGACUCGCACGAGGUUUUCAAGAUGGUUGUCAUGACUGAAAACCUUUCUGCCACCGUCGAGGGGUCACCACCCAUGAAGGCCCGGGCUCCUGAGAGCAAUUCUGGCCAGGCCAGCUCACAGAACACCAACAACAAUAACGGCGACCCGAACGAGAUGGCCGACGUCGAUGCGGCGAGCAUCAAAAGCUCCGAGGCCCAGUUCCGUGACCUGCACAACCGUCUGCAGGGCAUCAACCACCAGAUGGGCAGCAUUUUCCGCCAGAUCUCGAGCGUCAACAACAUGAACUCGAACCGCCACGAGGAGAUGCAGGGCAUCUUGAACGAGGUGCAGGCCGUGCUUGGCAGGCUCAACCGCCUAGACGCGCUGGAGCAGAAGCUCGAUGCCCUGUCACGCGACAUGAGCGACAUGCGCCGUGAUCUCAAGAACAAGAUCCACGACUCCGAAAUGUCCGUCAAGAGCGCCAUGGGUGGACAGCACGGCAACAUGCUCGAGCACGUGGCCACACAGACAGCGCCGCGUCACGGCAAGCUCAUCUUUGUCAUUGUCGCCAGCCAGUUUGUCAUUGUCGGCGCCUACAUCUACUACGAGCGCAAGAAGCUUUCACCCAAGAAGUACCUGUGA